CUGACACUAAAUACAUGCAUUUUAAUACAUAAGUCCGAACAAAUGAUGUAUCGUCCAACAUUAACGAAGAUUUGUUUCAAUAAAAUAUUAACGUCUUGUAUUCCAAAAGAAUUUCUAUUGCGAAAAGUAGUGGUUCCUAAUAGCGAUGUACUGCGAAUGUCAUCAUUUCGCUCGUCCGAACCAGUGGGUGAUAUAAGUCAAUUUCCGGAAGUUGAAAUUAUCAAACACGCUCCAGAAUGGAAACAUGUUGAGCGAUUACUAGCGCCUCGAGUUGUUCCGACACCAAUAGCCAAAAACGUGUAUCCAUCAGGCUGGAAACCUGCCAAUCCUGGAACAGAGCUGAAAUACUUUGUUGCUCGCACUAAAAAUUAUAUGCUUCCAGUUUAUCUGCGACGAACCUAUCGCGGACAACGUAUUAUUACAGUGGUGAGACGUAUUGACGGAGACAUAUGGCAAUUGGAGGCCGAGUUGAGAUAUCUAGUCGAAAAAAAACUGAACAAGCAAAUAGUAACCAGAGUGAAUGAGAUGAGUGGGCAAAUUGAAUUGAAAGGAGAUUUCGUGACUAUUGCUGAACAGUUUCUUUUAAGCAAACGAUUAUAGAGCACGUUUUUGCAACAACAAAGGAAUGCGCUGAAAAAAAUAAAUGGCAGUGGUGGUCUUACUUAAAAACAAUAGUUUCGAAUUAUGCCAACAUCCGAUUUACACUAAACCUAUUACCCGUAUCGAAUAAAGAAGAUACGCAUGAAA